AUGCUCUCCUCCCGCGUCCACAGAGUUGCCUCGCGCAUUCCCCAUAGGCUUCUCGUCAAUGCCCGCUUAGCCUCCUCCGUCCCCCAACUCAACUCUGUCACACCAGAGGACAUUGCUCACUUUGCAAAAAUACUCCCGCCCUCCUCUAUUCUCUCGACGUUGGGUCCAGCUGCCUCUGCAACCUCAGAGGAUCUCGACAUUUACAACUGUGACUGGAUCGGCCGAUACAAGGGUCACUCGACCACAGUGCUCAAACCUAAAACCACUGAACAAGUGAGCCAGAUCCUCAAGUGGUGCAAUGAAAGGCGCAUCGGUGUCGUCCCUCAAGGUGGAAAUACCGGCCUCGUUGGUGGAAGCGUCCCAGUCAGGGAUGAGGUCGUCCUUUCCCUUGCGAACAUGAACCAGGUUCGGACGUACGAUCCGGUCUCUGGAAUCCUUGUCGCAGAUGCUGGCUGCAUCUUGCAGUCGUUAACCGACCACGUUGCACCAGAUCACAUCAUGCCAAUUGACCUUGGCGCUAAAGGAAGGCAAGUUCCCGCCAUUUUCCGUACCACCCCAACCAUGCUCACGCGUUCCCCAUUCCAGCUGUCAGAUUGGCGGAAAUGUCGCAACAAAUGCAGGCGGCCUGAGGCUGCUUCGGUCGUCUUGGCCGAUGGAACUAUCCUCGACCAACUAACUACCUUGAGGAAAGACAACACAGGUUAUGAUUUGAAGCAAUUGUUCAUCGGUGCCGAGGGAACACUUGGUGUUAUUACUGGUGUCUCUAUCCUUACUCCCCCUGCCCCGCAAUCGACCAACAAUGUCAUCUUGGCUCUACCAUCAUACAAGAACGUUCUCCCGCUGUUUCAAAAGGUCAAACAUCACCUAUCCGAAAUCCUUUCGGCUUUCGAAUUUAUUGACCGCACAGCCUACGAUUUGGCUGUCAAACACGGCCAAGGUCGUGCGCUUAGCGAGGAUGAAGUCGAAGGUGCCGAGUGCUUUGUUCUGGUCGAGACAAGUGGUGGUCGUCGCGAACACGAUGAGGAGAAGCUGAAUGAUCUUCUGGAAUCUUUGCUGACGGCGGACGAGCCACUCAUCAACACCGGUGUCUUGGCUCAAAACCCUGCACAAUUUGCUUCCCUCUGGGCAUUGCGCGAGGGUGUGCCUGAAGCGGUAUCAAAGGAGGGCAAGGCCUAUAAAUACGAUAUCUCGAUCCCUGUGGCCAAAUUCCAAGAGGUUGUUGACAACACUCGGGAGCACCUUCGCAGCAAAGGUUUGCUGCAUGAAAAUGCCGUUAAGCAUGUCGUUGGCUACGGUCACGUCGGUGACGGCAACUUGCAUUUGAACGUCGUUGCUCAUUCAUUCCAGCCUGAGAUUGAGGCGGCUCUUGAACCUUAUAUCUACGAGGUCGUCCAAUCUCUGCGAGGUUCAAUUUCUGCCGAGCAUGGUAUCGGUGCGAUGAAGACUCACGCCCUGCCAUACUCCAAGAGCCAGGCUAGCAUUGACUUGAUGCACAAGAUCAAACACAUCUUCGAUCCCAAUGGCAUUAUGAACCCGGGCAAGGUCCUCGAGUAG